AUGAAGUUCUCCAUCGCCACUCUCACUCUCGCCGCGGCCACCUCGGCCCAGGUGAUCACCCAAUGCGGCGGUAAGGCUCAGGUCUGCCUCGACGAGGCUACUGUCGCUGCCAGCGACUGCAACGUUGGCGACUGGGCCUGCGGUUGCCAGCCCGCCAACAUGGCUGCUAUCCGCGCUGCCGCUACUGACUGUGUUGUUGCUGCUUGCGGUGGUCUUAUCCCCGCCCUCAAUGUCCUCCUCGAGGUCGAGCAGAUCUGCGCCGAUGUCCUUGGGUAA